UACUACCUCUGGAGGCUGCCAUCUUUCGUUUGACAGAGAGUGAAGUGACCUGAGAGAUGCCGGACUGGGACAAGGACGCGUACCCGGAGCCCCCCAAACGUACCCCGGCUCCCUCCAAGGAAACCACCCUCCCCAACCCGGCUCUGAUAGUGGGAAAGCUGUUUCACUAUGCGGUGGACGUGCCGGUAACUGCCUUCCAUGACUGGGUUGAAAGUCAACGUUCAAAGACCAAGUUUUACUACUAUCAUAGGGAAUACCGCCGCGUCCCUGACCUAACAGAAUGCGAAGUAGGAGACUUUCUGUGCCGUUUUGAAGCAGAGAUGCAGUGGAGGAGGGAUCAUAAAGUGGAUCAGGAGAUAGUGAAGAUCCUGCAGGAGAGAAUGAGAGCGUGCCAGCAAAGGGAGGGGCACAGCUACAUCCAGAAUUGUGCCAAGGAAGUGGAGCAGUUUGCUCAAGCUGCUAAGGGUUAUCAGUCCAGAUAUGGGGAUCUUGGUGCUCAUGGAAAUUCUCUAAAAUGUCUCAUGAAGCAGAAACACCGACUGAUCGAAGAACGAAACGCGUCUGCAGAAGCUCAAGCCUGAGUCUCCCAACUGGACUUGUAGUUAUCUCAUGUACAUUUUCACUGCUUACGUCUCAUUUCAAAAUGUAUGUAAGGCCUAACCGUAUAAUAAACUAUAUUCAUCUAA